AUGUGUACCCUUAGGGCUCCAGGGCACAUUGAGUUCCCCAUGGUGACAAAUACUAUCAAUUUAUUGACAAUUAAUGCUAAAAAGCAUGGCAAAAUGAAGAAGUAUUCAGUAUUUCCAAGCAGUUUGACUCUGCGUAAGAGACAUGGAAUAGAUGAUAAUGCUGAGUACUCUGGUUUAAAUAAUGAAGAGUACCAAGUGGUCAUCGGAAAUGAUACAACUCAUUACAUUAUUGAUGAUUUGGAACCAGCCAGCAAUUAUACCUUCUAUAUUGUAGCUUACAUGCCUCUUGGAGCCAGUCAGAUGUCAGAUCAUGUGACUCAGCACACCCUUGAAGAUGUUCCCUUGAGAGCUCCUGAAAUCAGUUUGACAAGCCGGAGUCCUACAGAUAUUCUUAUCUCUUGGUUGCCAAUUCCUGCAAAAUACAGGAGAGGCCAGGUGGUACUGUAUCGUCUAUCUUUCCGCCUCAGCACAGAUAGCAAAAUCCAAGUCUUGGAGCUGCCAGGGACUUCAGAUGAGUACCUCCUUGAAGGGCUGCGGCCUGACAGUGUCUACUUGGUUCGUAUUACUGCUGCAACAAGGAUUGGCUGGGGAGAGGCAUCUUUGUGGACCUCCCACCGAACUCCAAAAGCUACAAGUGUGAAAGCACCAAAGUCUCCUGAGCUGCGUUUGGAACCAAUAAAUUGUACAACCAUUACAGUACAGUGGCAGCAGGACUCUGAUGACACUGCAGCUAUUCAAGGGUACAAGUUGUAUUACAAGGAAGAAGGCCAGCAGGAAAAUGGACCGAUUUUGUUGGAUGCCAGCGAUCUUGAGUAUACUGUCAGUGGUUUAGCCAUUUCUGCUUUUGAAGUUCAGCCACUUUCAACUGAGGUUCAGGAAGGUGGAGUAGCUCGAUUUACCUGUAAAAUAGCAGCAAACCCUCCUGCUGUUGUGACGUGGGAAGUAAAUCGAACAACUUUGCCUUUAUCUAUGGACAGGUACGUAGACUUACACAUUUCAGGAUGA